AUGGUAGGGAACCCAGUACAAGGAUACCACUCCGGCGCUCCGCUUACCAGUUACCAGUCGGUCACGUCGUCCACCGGUGAAUCGCUUCCUCGUCUUGCUCUUGCGCCCACGGAUUACCCAGUUACGCUCUUCCAACGAUACAUCGAGUGCGAUUCGAAGGAACGCGCCGCUGACAUGGAGAAGGAACCCCAGCCCGAAUCGAUGGCGACGGUCACCAUCAAGCCCGAGUACACCCCCUCGGAGUAUUCCGCCUCCGAACCGCCACCGGCGUACAUGAAGCCACGCAGUUCGUCAGUCCAGAUCGCGAAAAUCAUCGCGGGGACCGUGAUCGCCUGCUCGCUCAUAUUGGGAGUCUUCCUGCUAGCUUCUGCCUAUGUUUCGGCUAACGCCUCCUGCAGGCAGCUGGAGCAGGAACUGGAAAUCCUCAGCGAGGCGGCCGAUCGCUUCCAGGGACCCUUACAGCCCGAAGCUCUCAUUCAGGAACCCACUGCAACGACAUCGAAUGCGAAACGCCAAGUAGACCCGCUCCACGCCGAAGAACCAACAUCCAGCACAAAAGAGCUAACCAAUCACGUCGACGACGAUUCCUCCGAAGGCGACUCCGACGAAUCGGACUCGGAUUCCGAAGAAGUUCCGAACAGAGAGCCGCUCCGGCCAUCGAAAGCGGCCGCCGCCUCCCCAAUGGACAUGGACGAACUGAUUUCCCAUCUGCUAGAGAAGAACCAAAAAUCCAAAAUGAACUGCGUGGUCGAAAAGAAGAAGGCCGAGGAAUUCGUGGACCAUCUGCCCAAAACCGUCAGGCUGCCGUUCGGCAUCAACCUGACCACCAACCCCAGGUUCGAGAAGCUCACCGGCGAACGCAUGGUGAUUGUAUGCGAAAGCGGAACCCUUCAGAGCGCGGAGCCAUCGGUUAAACCGAAAGAAGAAGAUCCCGAGGAUCAGGACGAAGAGACUAUCAUGAUUCAACCGUUGAUGAUACCCAUACCGCACUCGCCUUUCAACACUCACAUGCCCCAACAGAUGGCACCGCCGAUGCAACAGCGCCCGAUGGGACCCCAGAUGAUCCACAUCGAGAACCUGCGACCGCCCAUGCCGCCCACCAUGCCCCAACAAGACCAACAAAUGUCCGGCCAGCCGGAGUUCCAGAUCCACAUGGAGGCCCAGCAAGUUCCCCAAAGACAACCCAACGAUUUCCCGCCGAACCCGAUCCUGCAACACAUCGUCCAGCAAAUCGUCGCACAGAAGAUCAUCGAGAGCCAGAAGUUGCGCGAGCAACAAAUGAAGGAACAGGAGCAGCAACAGCAGCGAGAAAUCACCCCUCAGGCACCGGUUCAGCAGGACCAAACUUCGGAAUCGGAGGAACGCCCGCGGUUCGUGCAAAUCGAACAGAUGGGCCAAGCGGGCCAGAAGUUGCCCAUUCCUGAGGAAGUCCUAGCCCAAUUGCACAGAUUGCCACUGCCUUUGCCGAAUCGCGUCGCGAUUGUGGCCAUGUCAGAGGGCGAUUCGGAGGAAUCCACACCGCAGGACGUGCAAUUCGUGCAGGAGCAAAGACAAAGCGCUAACGAAAUGAACGGAAGACAAAUGUACGCCAGAGGAAUACCGUUGAGUUUGCCGGUGGGCGUGACGCCGCAGGAAGCGGAGCCUCAGGAGCAGGAUAAGCAGGGCAACGAAGUGAGGCCUCAUUAUGUUCAACCCAGGUCCGUUUCUGUCUGA